AUGUGUCUUAAAAAUCCCAUAUCGAUCAAUGAACUUACACAAGCCAGUCGUCCUUUGCGAAAUAUACUUGAUCAAAUUCGUGUUCAGUGUACAUUGUGUGCACAAACUGAUCUACAACGUGGAAACUUUGUGGAUCAUAUCAACAAGAUUUGUCCAAAAUCAGUAGUUCCAUGUCAAGCUGCUGAUAUUAAAUGUCCCUGGCAAGGGCCACGUGAUGAAUUACAAAGUCAUAUCUCAACAUGUGUUUUUGAACCUUUGCGACCAGUAUUAUCUUCAUUGAUUGCUCAAAAUCGACAACUGAUCGAUCAAGUUCAAAAACACGAUAAUGAAAUAAAAAAAUUAAUACAACAGAUGCAUCAGUUACAACCGAAAGGUGCCUAUCGUCUUGAUCAUUAUUGUAAAUCAGAUUUAUUGAUAUCAAUUGCAAAAGAUGCACAAAAUUAUAAUAAAGAAGAAAAAAAAUAUGAUGAAGAAGAAUUUACAGAAGUUAUGCAAAUAUGA